UUCAUUGCCAGUCGAUUAGUCGAAGUGCAACCGCAACCGCCAGCAGACGUGAGCGUGGGCGCAACUUAAUUUUCAAAAGUAAUCCGUAAUCCAGCGACAUCAUCAGCAUGAGAUCAUCGAGUCAGGUGCUCAUUCUCGCGGUUCUGAUGGCCAUCUGUGCCUACGGUCAGGGCCAGUUCAAGACGGCUGGCAUUAAGACCCGCCAGCCGCCGUCCGGCAAUCUCCAGCUAUCCGGGAAUUCCAGUGAAUAUGGGUGGAGCAGCUACAACCAGACCAGCUACGGUUGGAACCAACAAAACCAAAGCUCCUACAACUGGCAGUCCCAGAAUCACAUUGGUCAGGGAUCGGCUGGUUUCGUGCCAGCGGAAACCUACAAUCCCUCCACCCUGCCGCCUCUCUACGGCCACUAUGUCCAGCCGAUUAAUCCGCCAGCUACCCGUGCCCCUCAGAUUUUGGAUGAAACGGCUCUGUUCAUCAACAAAACCCGCUCGGCCAUGGCCAGUGGCAUCUGCUUCAAGGAAGUUCCCACCGCCUCCCUUCUGCGCAACUCCCGAGACAAGUUCGUCGGCAACGGCACCACUCCCGACAUGAGUCGCAUCGAGGUGUGCUGCGAUGGCUACGAACGGAAUCCCCACAUCUACCGCCGAUGCGAGCCCAUCUGCGCCGACGACUGCCCCAACGGGAUCUGCACGGCUCCGAACACCUGCGUCUGCAUUCCAGGGCAUGUCCGAACUACCGAGGGAAAGUGCAUCUCCACCUGCCCUCUGGGCUGUGGCAACGGGGUGUGCGACGAACAGAACGAGUGCCGGUGUCGCGAGGGAUACGUCCUGGAGCCGCUGACCCGCAAGUACUGCCAGCCGGAGUGCAAGCCAGGCUGCGCCUUCGGUCACUGUGUGGCCCCCAACAAGUGUGCCUGCUUGCAGGGAUACCGCCAGGCGGCGGACGGGAGCUGCGAACCGGUGUGCGACAGCUGCGAGAACGGAAAGUGCACUGCCCCCGGUCAGUGCAGCUGCAACACGGGCUACCAAAAAGUAGAUGGACGCUGCGAGGCCGUGUGCACCAUACCCUGCAAAAACGGACGCUGCAUUGGCCCGGAUGUGUGCGAGUGCGCCAUCGGCUUUGAGUGGGAUCGUAAGACCGCCGAGUGCCAGCCAAAGUGUGACAUUCCCUGCCUCAAUGGCAUCUGUGUGGGAAACAACCAGUGCGAGUGUAAGCCCGGCUACAUCAAGGACACUAUUCAGCGGAACAUCUGCCAGCCCCACUGUCCUCUGGGAUGCCAAAAUGGAUUCUGCAGUGCCCCCAACUUCUGCAUCUGCCGCCCCGGCUUCAUCAAGAGCGGCAUCAAGGGUCGCCAGACCUGCCAGGCCCUCUAAUUCAUGAAUUAAAAUCAAAUAUUAAUCAUAAUUUAAUAAUUUUUUUAAACAAGAUUAAAGAGGCGUCCGAUCAGAGCAUUAAAUUCGUGACCCAACUGUAGGUUGAA